CAAUGCCUUUUGUCACUGCUGGUUUAUGGCGCGGCGCAAAUCUUAAUUGCACCAACGCCGGAGGAUGUGAAGCUCGCGACACCGCUGUCGUCCUUGACUCGGCGUCUCACUGGAUUCAUCAGAAGGAUGAUACCAGCAAAGGAUGCGGAAACUGGGGCUCAGGUCCUGAUGCGACCGCAUGCCCCGAUGAGGAGACAUGCGCCAAGAACUGUAUCAUGGAGGGUAUCCAGGAUUACAGCACCUACGGAGUCUUCACAGAAGGCGGUGCUUUGACGAUGAACCAAUUCGGAGCGAACGGUGUUUCCAGCCCUCGUCUUUACCUCCUCGCCGAGGACGAGAAGAGCUACGAGAUGAUGGAGUUGACCGGCAACGAAUUCACCUUCGACGUGGACGUCUCCAAGCUGCCCUGCGGCAUGAACGGUGCUCUAUACCACGUCGAGAUGCCUGCCGACGGUGGACGAUCCGAGCUCAACCCCGGCGGUGCUACAUAUGGCACUGGCUACUGUGAUGCUCAAUGCUUCACCACUCCAUGGGUCGAGGGUGUUGGCAACAUCAAGGCUCAAGGUAUCUGCUGCAACGAGAUGGAUAUCUGGGAGGCAAAUAAGCGCGCAACCCAGGUCGCGCCACACACCUGCUCUGAGCCCGGUCUGUACCGCUGCACUGGCGAUGAGUGCGGCGCCACCGGCGUAUGCGACAAGAACGGAUGCGGAAAGAACCCCUACCGCAUCGACAAGUCCUACUAUGUUCCCGAUACCGGCAAGGUCGACACCAACAAGCCUUUCACUGUAGUCACCCAGUUCCCAGCAAAGGAUGGCGUGCUCCAAUCCGUUGUCCGCAAGUACGUCCAGGACGGCGUCGUCAUCGAAGACCUCACCUCCGAAAUCCCCAUGGACGACGAAUACUGCACCAACAACGGCGCAUCCAUGUUCAUGCAACUCGGCGGCAUGAAGGGAAUGGGCGAGGCCAUGUCCGCCACCCGACCCAUGGUGCUGGCUAUGAGCAUCUGGUGGGACGAGGGCACCUUCAUGAACUGGCUCGAUUCUGGAGACGCCGGUCCUUGCAACGCCACCGAAGGUGACCCCAAGGUCAUUACCACCAUCGAGAAGGAGCCCUCUGUUAUCUUUAGCCAGAUUAAGUGGGGUGAGAUUGGAUCUACGUUUGCUGGAAGUAACUCUACGCGUAAGCUUCGCCACAGGGCUUUGCGCGCCGAGUAG